AUGAACAAUAGUGAGAAUACAAGUCCCAACUGUGGACACGAAUGGGUAAAGGUAUAUGAUGGACCGCCAGAGAGCUCCAUUCUUCUUGGAAAGAUUUGCCGAGCGGAAAAUACAAGUUUUUAUUCUUCUUCCAAUGUUAUGGCUAUUGAAUUCAGAAGUGAUAGCAUUGCUCGAGGAACAGGCUUCCUAGCUGAAUACAAAACCCGCAGUGCAAUCACUGACAUACCAGGUAAUAAUGUAACAGCAGAGAGCAUUAUAAUACUGACAAUAAAUAUAUACACACUUGUACUGGUUGGGGUGAUCGUCAUGCUACCAUUAUCAGAUCAGAAUUGUUAUGUAUUGGCAAUUAAUUCGUAAGUUAAGUAAAUUGCUAACUUUUUUAAGAAGAAUGAUAUAAUAUAUUUUUUUUUUACUACGUGGGGGUGAACACUAUAGCAGAACACUUUAACGUUAGAAAUACAGGGUUAUAUUCCUAAUAUUAGAGUGUUCCUUUAACCUAAUGGGGCUACUGAUUCCUUGAUUGCUUCCCUGGUGGCCCAAAGUAGUGGAUGUGCUGUGUUGGUGUGUCCCUUUAUCUGGCAUACUAAACUUGGCAGCACACACUCACUCUCUGCUGUGGUACGUCCUCACUCUCUGCAGUGGUACUCCCUCACUCUGUGCAGUGGUACUCCCUAACUCUCUGCAGUGGUACUCCCUCACUCUCUGUAGUGGUAUGCCCUGACUCUCUGCAUUGGUACUCCCUCACUCUCUGCAGUGGUACGCCUUCACUCUCUGCAGUGGUACGCCCUGACUGCAGUGGUUUUCCCUCACUCUCUGUAGUGGUUUGCCCUGACUCUCUGCAGUGGUACUCCCUCACUCUCUUUAGUGGUACUCCCUAACUCUCUGCAGUGGUACGCCCUGACUCUCUGCAGUGGUACUCCCUCACUCUCUGUAGUGGUAUGCCCUGACUCUCUGCAGUGGUACUCCCUCACUUUCUGCAGUGGUACGCCCUCACGCUCUGCAGUGGUAUGCCCCCAUUCUCUACAGUGGUACGUCCUCACUCUCUGCAGUGGUACGCCCUCACUCUCUGCAGUGGUGCGCCCUCACUCUCUGCAGUGGUGCGCCCUCACUCUCUGCAGUGGUACGCCCACACUCUCUGCAGUGGUACGCCCACAGUCUCUGCAGUGGUACGUCAUCACUCUCUGCAGUGGUACGUCCUCACUCUCUGCAGUGGUACCCCCACACUCUCUGUAGUGGUGUGCACUUUCUGCAGUAGCUUUUUGACCUUAGAGUGGAUAAAUUGGCAUGGUCUCCUGGUUGUGCUGUGAUUCAACAGAGGGCAUCAGUCAGAGGGGAACACUGAUCAUUCUCUGCAGUGGUACACACUCAUUCUCUGCAGUGGUACGCCCUCACUCUCUGCAGUGGUACGCCCUGACUCUCUGCAGUGGUACUCCCUCACUCUCUGCAGUGGUACGCCCUGACUCUGCAAUGGUUUUCCCUCACUCUCUGUAGUGGUAUGCCCUGACUCUCUGCAGUGGUACUCCCUCACUCUCUGCAGUGGUACGCCCUCACUCUCUAUAGUGGUACUCCCUCACUCUCUGCAGUGGUGCGCCCUCACUCUCUGCAGUGGUACGCCCUCACUCUCUGCAGUGGUACGCCCACACUCUCUGCAGUGGUACUCCCUCACUGUCUGUAGUGGUACAGCCUCACUCUCUGCAGUGGUAUGCCUACACUCUCUGCAGUGGGAUGCCCACACUCUCUGUAGUGGUGUACACUUUCUGCAGUGGCUUUUUGACCUUAGAGUAGAUAUAUUGGCAUGGUGUCCUGGUUGUGCUGUGAUUCAACAGAGGGUGUCAGUCAGAGGGGAACACAUCAGUGAGAAGAACACACAGACACAACUCAUUCACAGCAACUGAUCACAUUGCCCCCUUACAGGCUGGCAUUCCAGUGGAAUGUCUCAUUGACCUAAUGAUACCCACUUGGGCCAGGAAGAGAAGUCUUAUCAGUGUAUUGUUACAUUGAGAAUUACUUACUUCUAAUAUGUAGUUUGUGGCAUUAACCUCUUAAGGACACAUGAUGGAACUUUGUCUAUCAAGCUGGCCUUUUAUUUCUGAAUCUGUGUCUUUAAGGGGUUAAUCAUGUUUAACCAUAUAUACACUGUACAGAUCAGUAUUUAUGACUAAACAUUAUCUUUCUAUCUAUUUAUCUAUCUAUCUAUCUAUCUAUCUAUCUAUCUAUAUCAGUAUAUAUAUAGUAUAUGUCACCAGAGCAGGUACCUACCUACUGGUGGUGGUCCAGAGAGCUGUGCAAUCAUUGCACAGACUGAUCCCAGCAACAAACCGCUGGACACCAUGAAUAAAGAUUAGAAAAAAAAUGUGUAUAGGUCUAUAUAAAAAGCAAAUGUGUGUGUGUGUAUAUGAAUGGGCGUAUGAGUUGAGCAUGUGUAUAUAAAUGGGCAUAUGAGUUGAGUGUGUGUAUAUGAAUGGGCGUAUAUGUGUGUGUAUAUGAAUGCGAGUUUGUGUGUUUAUGAAUGUCACCAUAUGCCUGUACAAACAUUUCUGUGUGUGUAUAUAUGAAUGUGUACGAGUGUGUGAGCAUCUGCUUAUAUAAAUGUGAGUGAAUGUCUAUCCCUAACAGAUGGGUGUUAGGGGUAUCUCUGAGAUAUACAGUAUACCUGUGGUGAUUCAUUAACACAAUCAUCAGGCUUUUUGUCUAAUGGUAGCACUGACCCUGUGUGAAGCUUACAUGCACACUUAGCCCUGGAAUAGGGGUCUUAUUACUAUUUUACUCCUGAAUUUAGAAAUACUUGCUCAUAGUAUGCAGUUUGUGUCUUAGUCAUAUUUUAAAAAUGCUUGCUAUAUCUCAUUAUUUACAUCUUAUGUGGUUCUGUCAUUCCAGUCCAGAACUAUUCCUGUGGUGGUACCUUAACACAAUCAUCGGGAUUUAUAUCCAGUCCUCUCUAUCGAAAUCAGUUCCUGAGCAAUGCUGUUUGUGUGUGGGUUAUCCGGACCCCCCCAAAUACCUACGUGGAGCUCUUGUUCUUAGAACUGUAGUAAGUAUUGGAGCAAUACUAGAGGCAUGUUAGACCUAGAAGAAGUGUUAUAGGAAUCUGGCUUGUUAACUAUAACAAAGUGAAUGUAAAGGAGCCAUAUAUAUACAUAUAAAGCCAAGUUAAGCGUAUUUUUUAUUUACCUGUCAUAAAAUAUGUCAUUUUCAUAGAGAUAUAUAAUUCAUUGCUUUUGGCAUUUGGUAUCUUAGUACUCAUCUAUAGAGAUGUCGCGAACUGUCCGCCGAACUGUUCGCGAACUGUCCGCCGGCGAACAAUAGCGUGUUCGCGUUGGGCGAACAUAUCCGAUUUCCGGUCCGCCCCCUAUACGUCAUCAUUGAGUAAACUUUGACCCGGAACCUCACAGCCAGCAGACACAUUCCACCCAAUCAGCAGCAGACCCUCCCUCCCAGGAAGUGUCUGCUGACUGUGAGGUUCCGGGUCAAAGUUUACUCAAUGAUGACGUAUAGGGGGCGGACCGGAAAUCGGAUAUGUUCGCCCAACGCGAACACGCUAUUGUUCGCCGGCGGACAGUUCGCGACAUCUCUACUCAUCUACUGUACUGAUGCCACUGAUGUGAUACAGGGUUUUACCCAAUUUCCUAGAUAGACAGACAGACAGAAAGACAUUUCAACACAGCUGUGAUUUGUGUUGCAGUUUGUAUAAUCAUAUUAUAUAAAUAUUCUUUGCAUCGGCCCUCCUAUGUUUGAAUAUAAAUAUUCGAUGUUCACCAUUCAUAAUCUCAUCAAUAUUUCCCUCUAAGUAUGAACAAUAUUGAGAAUACAAGUUCCAGCUGUGAACACGAAUGGGUAAAGGUAUAUGAUGGACCUCCAGAGAGCUCCAUUCUUCUUGGAAAGAUUUGCCGAGCUGAAAAUACCAGUUUUUAUUCUUCUUCCAAUAUUAUGGCUAUUGAAUUAAGAAGUGAUAGCAUUGCUCGAGGAACAGUCGUCCUGGCCAAAUACAGAACCCGGAGUGCAAUCACUGACAUACCAGGUAAUACUGUAACAGCAUUAUAAUACUUACAAUAAAUAUAUACACACCUGUACAAUAUUAUAUAUAAAACAUGCAUUGGUUGGAGUGAGUUUUGUGUUUCUGCUGUCAGAUGAAAAUUGUUCUUACAUAUGGAUGGAACUGGAAAACACAUGUAUUGACAAUCAAUUUAUGAAUUAAUCUAAUUGCACGUUUGAUUUUUUAUAAUAAUUAAAGGCACACUCAGGACCCCUAAAUCACUUUUGCUUGCUGACAUUUUAUGUGUGAAGAGUGUGUCCUUUUUUUAAAGAAUAUGGCAAAAACUGCAGAUUUCAACAGAAAUUUACACAUUUAUAAAUUAACCUUGUUACAACACACCGGCUGUCAAGCAGACGACCAGUCCUUUUAAUUCCUGGUUUGGUUAGCUCAGUGGAGUUAAACUCAAGAGGCAGCAAUUGCCCAGAGCACCUGCCUUGCAAAUACUUCUCAUUGAGCUGCAUUGGGAAGUCUGUGAUUGGACAGCCAUAGAAAGUCUGGGCGGGGUUAGAAGAGGAGGGCUUGCAAAGGCUGCAGACAACCUGCAUGUUUUUCAAGCUGUUUUAAGAUAUACCCCCAAUGAUAAAAAUGAGUAAUUAAAUGCAUGCUUGCAUUUUAGGUAUAUAUACUAAACAGUGAUUUUCUUUAUCUGUGUAGGGGCGUGUCCAUUUAAAAGAAUGCAUGUAUACUUGUUAACCCAGAUACAGAAAAAAUGCAGUUGUAUCCAAAUAGGCACUUGUCUGAUAUAUUUAUUUAUUAUUGCAGUGAACUGUGGUGAAAUAUUGACCGAUUUAAAUGGAAUUAUAUCCUUUUCACCAAGUAAAUCUUCCAGUGAUGAAGCAGAUUAUUGUGUUUGGUUUAUUCAUGUUCAUAACAACUAUAAAAUUCAACUUUAUUUUACAGAUUUUGUGUGAGUAUGCAAUGUUACAAUUUUUGUAUUUAUAAGUAAAUGGCACAUAUAAAUAUAUUGCAUGAUUUAUAUACCCAACCGAUUCUUUAUUUUAAGGCACAUUCAUCCAGGGAUUGUAAACUGCAGUAACAUAGAUCAGGGCUUAUAAUUUCAAGUCCUAUGCUACUAGGGUCCGAGUCACACUUACCAGCACAGGUGUGUGCAUGGGAACACCAUAACGCACCCAAGAGGCAACAGCCUCUAACCUCUGAGACCCCACUGCAGCCCCUCUUCCCCCCUGCUACGGCACCUAACCCCCCAACAUCUUCUACAGCCCCUACAAUCCCCCAAUCAACCACUACAGCCCUACCCCACCCUGCCCUGCAAAGAGGUCUCAUUGAGCUGCAUUGGAAAGUCUGUGAUUGGACAGCCACAGAAGUCUGGGUGGGGUUAGAGGGGAGCGAUUACAAAGGCAAGCUAUCUUCAUCUUUUGCAAGCUGUUUUUAAAAAUGCAUAAUUAAAUGCAUGUAUAUUUCCAUUGGGGUAUCUUUAAUACAUAUAGAUUUGGGGGUGGGGGGGUGCAGUGGAGUGUCCUUUUAAUGGUAACAUACAUUAACUGAACUAUUGAAUUAUGUACAUGUUGAAAGUAAUAUUUAUAUUUAAGUUUUGUGUUUUUUUUUUUUUAACUAUAUGAGAAUAUAAUUACACAUUGACAAUUUUUUGCCCUUUGGUUUAUUCUGUAUUUGUUUAUUUUCUUAAUUUCUUGUCUUUUUACGCUUCAAAUGAAGGAUGCUGGAUUUCUUGUCCUGUAACUCUUCUUCUCUGUUGGUGUAUGAUGGGACACCACUUGGGUCUCAUAUACUCGGUCAACUCUGCAAGACCCCUGAACGGAGAUUUAUCUCAACUUCGAACAGCAUAAGCGUUGUGUAUUCCAGUAGAGAUUCAAUUAGAAGAAAUGGUAGUAGGCCAGGCUUGACGUUUAGAGCAACGUACAGCUCAAUUCUCCCCAACAACCAAAGCGGUAACUUGUAUGAUCAUCUUUUAUGAUCACUGUGUUUGUAAUGUUAUCAAUUAAAUAGCGUUUGACAGAGGUUUGUCUGGUGUAUAAAGCAUAGCAUUAUAAAUAUAUACAAUAUAAGACGUAUCUCUAAUGUUUAGACUUAUUUAAUGCACACCAUUUAUAUGAAAGAUGUAGAGUAAAGAUAGCCAACCAAAUGGCCUCCACCUUUUAACAUCAAAUAAAAUUAGCAGCCUGAUACCAUUUGGAGGGUCACUAUGGGACAACACCAAAAAAAAUCUUAAAAUAAAUAUUUUUUCCCCCUAUAUGUAGUUAUGAGUUAAUAGACACCAUUUCAAUAUUUUUGGCAUCCACGUUUAGAAGCAGUUUGAUUUACAAAAAAAAAAAAAGAGGAAAAUUUCCCUAGCAAGCAUGUAGUGGCCCUACUUUUGUAUUUUCUUUAUUAUUUUUUACUGUGCUAGAGAAUGAUAGGCUCUAACUGAUUUUCUAAAGAGGAAGUGUAAUUCUACAUUAUUAAAUCAGCUAGAAAAUAGGCUGUCUCUGAGUCACUCGUUUUUUGUGAAAUUGCUCCUAAAAAGUUUGACAACAAUUGUUCACAGACUCUUAGCCGCGUAAGCACUACUCUGAGCUGCUGUGGAUAUGCUGUGUAAAUUGCCAUUUUAGCUGGUCUUCUCUUUCUCCAUAGAAACAAAUUGAAGCCACUUAGGCACUAAUGCCACAAUCUGUGUCCAUUAAUAUUAACGUACUGUACAGGUGUCCCACAUUCAUUGAAGUAUGAAUCAUUCUUUCAUAAGUACUGUAUAAUAAAUAGACACAGAGUGGCAUCCUGCAAAGUGUGUUCUAUUUAUGAGCAGUAUAAAUAGUAUGGAUAAGCUCAGAUAAAUACUGACCAAUGAAACUAGCCAAAACUUUAGAAUAACCAAGCAUUGGACUGCGCAUGCUUACAGUAUUUAUUGGGAUUUCCUGUUCACAAAGAUGACCUCUUUCUGGAGAUGGAGUUAAGUGUUACAUGUCUCUAUAAAUGAUGCCAAGGGCAACAUCUCCAUCUUAGUACACAGUUAUAGUACAAACUGAGGCCAGAACUCCAACCCUUGAAGUGUGGACAGCUACAAUAGGAGAAGCUGGUGACGAAGAGAAAGUAAGUGACUUCAUCCUAAGCCCUUAAGACAGGGACAGUGGGGAAUCACUAUUUCGAUCCGACUGUAUCUCCACAAUAAUUACCUCAUAUAAGAGUGUCAUGGGCUAGAAAUGACGAGCCUUUUAAUAUUUGGGGUUUUCUUUUGUUUUAGAUUUUGUUUUAGGUCUUGGUCUAUCAGGUGUUUAUUUUCUUUGUAUCUUUUACUUAUCAUUUUAGAAUCAUGGGUUUGCUUUUCGUCUUGCUUCUGUUUUGAUAUUUGGAUACUUAAAACUUUGAUUGUAUCAAGAAUAGAAAAAAAAACCCAUCCUUUCAUCCCAGUGUAGUAGUACAGAUAUAGAACGAGUCUGGAAUAAGGGUAAAUAGAGGCUUCCGCUUAGUUACUUUUUGAUGUUUCUUGAAAUUUUGCAUGACAUUCUUGGAUAUACUGUAUCCCAGGUUCAUCCACUUUUCUCAGACAGUUCCUCCGGUUAAAGAAGUUCUGUGGACCUGAUGCUUUGUAUCUCCUUCUUCUAUAUCAUUGUUGUUCGGCCUUUCCCACAUUCUUCUUCUCUUUACACAAUCUGCUCUGAUUUACUUAAGAGCACUUACUCUGCUCUUUUUUUGUCAACAUUCUUCCCUUUUUUUAUCUACGUUAACUUUCUGCUGCCAUUUUAUAUCCUUUUUUCUAGAUCUGUCUCCUUCUUAGCAUAAUCAAGCAGAACACUAUUCUUGUCUGUUGUGUUCCUGUCUUGUUUUACUCACUGUGUCUUGAUUUACAACUGGUUUCCUCUCUUUUUAAUAUAGUUACUCUUUCCUGUUUCACAAAUUUUAUGGAGGCUCAAAUCUCACUGUCAUAUCUUCAGUCGAUGGGUUAUUCUCCGGAGACUGUUUUCUUAAAUGACCCAAAAUGUCGUCCGCGGGUUAUUUCAGGAUGGCUGGAGUUUCAUGUUCCCUAUCAGGGAUGUCUAACGGUGGAACAGGUAGGUAGUUGAAUAUAACUAUGAUGUACACAAUGAUAAAAUAGACACUUCACAGUACAUAUCUGAUCCGUAACAUAGCACAAUAGUUCAACAAGUAUUUUAUGCUACAAACUGCAUAAACAAACAUUUUGUCCAAAACAAACAAAUAAUGAACUGGCUAGUUAACAAAAAAACAAAAAAAUGAAAUAUAAUCUUCAGAUAUGAAGAAAAUAAAAAUAUUAGCAGUUUCAAAUAUGAUUGUACAGAACUUGAGAAAAGAGCAGCUUUGAGAAUCAGGGGUCAUAGGUAUACAUUUUUACAGGAUUUGGUUUUACAGACUAAUCACGAAUAGUUAUGAAGUUAGACAAUCCUAAACGUAAAUUGUUUAAAUUUAAUAAUGCUCAUUUUCUGCAGAAGCACCACUCUGAUAAUGUAGAUGCCCAGAGGACCUACUCUGUGCAGCAUGUGCCAAAUGCUAAAGCCUUAUUAUACAUGUCCUGCUCACAUGAAGCUGAAGACUCUGCAUAUGCCCACAAAUGCUAAACACAAUGCAUGGACAAGUGGAGAGACUCUAUAAUAUUCAAGUGCCUUCGAUCACUAUAUAAGGAUGGGCCUCAGAGUAGAGUUUGACGAGUCAAUAACAUAUUAGUAAUGAACCAACUUUAAUGGUAUUACAUACAAUGAAUGCUUAACGAAUGGAGAUUUGUUUUACUUGUUAUGGAAGAUGACAUCUUCUAAAUGUCCAAUUUAAAUUUGCCGCCUCACAAAGUCAGGCUCUUCCGAUUGCAUUGUUCAUAACAUUAGUUCAUGUUUGAGGCUCUAACGCUCAAAUUUCUGACCAAUAACUUCCUGCGAGGUCAGCCCGCACCCAAUGUUGCAUUUGGUAAGGUGCAAUUUUCGCUGAUGAAUUAUCCGUGGAUUUUCUGUACCACAGUACUGGCAGUUUUUCUUACGGACUAAGCUAUUUAAAUUAAAAUGUGCUUUGUCGGACAUGAUUAGUUGAUGAAUAAAUUAAUUGUUUUCUUUGGCUAAUUCAUUGUUCCUUCGUGAAAUUACCCAUGAUGAAUCUCGCAAGUCUCAGGUAUAAUGUUCUUUUACUUGUCAAAUCCUACUCAGAAUUUUGGCCCUCCCUGUAUAACUGAUCAAUGAUGGGAGUAUUGCCUUCUCAUGAGAGGUGGUAUUGGGGUGCUUAUUUAAAAGGAGCAUAACAGUGACCAGAAGGCAAAUGAAUUACAUAAGUAUAAUUUUAUUGAAUAUAUAUGUUUUGAAAUACGAUGCUUCUAACUGUAUAUUUGACUUUUUUUUUUUCUAAAAACAGACAGAAACUGAUACAAUCCGUUACACAAACAAGCUAUGGGCUUAUGCAGCUGAACCAGUGAUAACUCAUAGUAAAAAACUCAGUCUUACCCUAAAAUGUGAAAUGUAUCAGGAAGCCAUGGUGGACACAAUAUACCAUGCAGACGACACCAUUGAGAAUACCUUAACGCAAUAUGGCCUCUUCUCAACUAACCUGACUUUCUUUCAGUCAGCAAGCUUUCUUUACCCAGUACUCCAGUAUCCAUAUUAUAUCCAACACAAUCAGGAUUUGUACCUCCAAGCUUCCCUUAUCACCUCAGACCCAUCGUUAAUUUUGUUUGUGGAAACAUGUGUGGCUUCUCCUGACCGCCUUAACUUUGCAAGAAAUAUUUACUACAUAAUACAUAAUGGGUAAGAAACGUUUUAAGAUCAUGUCAUUAGGCUCUAAACCAGGCAUUAUGAUAGCACAAAAGUUUCUUAAGCUUGUUCCAACAUGGAUAUUGGAAGUGCCCUGGUGCCCCCUCCCCCACAUUCUAAGUAUUUAGAAUGGCCUGAAUCUUACCUGUCCCUUGCCUCCUCUAAGCUUCCAGGAAAGCACUCCUUACCUUAGACUUUCAGUGCAGUCAGACUUAGCACAAAGAGCCAGAAGCUCUCUGUUUGAAGUAGUGGAGACAGGAAGCGGUGGCUUGCAGAUCCCAUUUAAGGAGGCAGACCAUUCUAACCCGGUUUGACUACUUAAAAUGGUGGGAUGCCAGGUCACCAAAACCACUCCAUUGCACUGUAUUAGAUAUGGUGCUUGGAAUGUCGCUGUUAAAUAUAGACCAGGGAAUAUGAAGAAUUUUUCAUGACAUUGGUCGCGAUAUAAAAUUAUUGGAUAAGCUUUUCAAAUUAUUUCAUAUUUUAGGAUAAACUUUUUAAAAAUUAUUAAAUAGUAUAAAAAAAUAUGCUUAAAGAUUUUUUUAAAAAUAUUGAUAUAUUUAUAUAUAUUAUAUAUUUUUUUUCUUUUUCAAUAUGCUGAAAAAGUAUAUUUUAAACUUUAUCUAAAGAUAUUAAAUCAAUUGGAACAUUUAUCCAACAAUAUUAAAUUGAUGCUUUAUUUAGGCCUACAGGACUCUGCACCUUUAAAUGGUGGAUUGUCAGGAAUUCUUAGAAAGUUUCUGUUUUAGUCAAAUUAAAAACAUAGCUUACUUGAAUUUUCCCAGUUCAAUUAUUUUGGCCUAAAAUUUGACAAUCACUUUGAAUAUGCUUUGAUUUCCCAACAAUUAAAGGAACACUAUAGUGUUAGGAAUAAAAAUAAGUAUCUCUGUAGAGAUAAAAAGUGGUUUUAUUUAACUUUUCUCCCUCGCCUGUCUCGCCGCAGCUGUCUCUACCUUCAUGACUGAAACCAUCAAUCUUGAUGAUAUCAGUCCAUCCAAUGCUUUCCCCUAGGAAAGCAUUCGGAGGCUAUUGCGCAUUUGCACAAAAACAAUGCGCUGCACCAAUCAGGACCUUCUCAUAGAGAUUAAUCGAAUCAGUGCAUCUCUAUGAGGAACAUUCAGCCCCUCCAUGCAGAGCAUGGAGACCCUGAAGGUAGGUGCUGCACACAGUGUAGCACUAAGAUAGGAAGCACUUAUAGUGGCCAUCUGUGUGACUGCCACUAGAGGUGUUACUAGGCAGCAAUGUACACACUGUCUUGUCUCUGAAUAGGCAGUGUUUAUAUUGAAAAGCCUGCAGGGACAUGCUAUAAACACCAAAACCAUUACAUUAAGAUGUAGUGUUCCUUUAACAGUUUGAUUAUUAACCCUACUAUUAUCGAAAUUGAUCACCAGUGGAGUAACUACAGUGAGAACAGGCAUUGAAGCUGUGGCUCAAAUCCAAACUUCUAAGCGACCAUGUGGCUCUGCACCUCAUUCUGCAAUCUACUGUUAUUGAGCAGGAAAAUAACUUUUCACUACUCCCUUUAUAGCUGAGCUCUGGUAGUCAUUGUGGUCAAGGGAUAAGCCAUCAUUCAUUACUAUAUGGUACAACAUUACAUGCGGAGCACAAGACUGGGUAGAUGGUCUUUGGCUGUUGGGUUAACAGAUUUCUGACCCCUGGUUUUAGCAGAUCAUUGUUAAUAGCAAUCACACCACACCAUUAGAUAAAAUCAUCUCACUGUUAAUUAUUUCAGAGUCAGAUUAUUUUGAAAAAAAGAUUAACCCAUUAAAUAGUAAAUUCAUUUUUGAUAUUUCAGAUGUAGCAGAGCCCCUGGCUACCGGACAUAUUAUUCCUCCUCUCAAAGCACAGUCCGCUUUGGAUUCAGAGCCUUUAGUUUCCUGCAACAAGAUUCCAUUGUGUACCUUCGAUGUAAACUAAUUGUCUGUAAGCAGUACAGUUAUCCAUCUCGCUGCAGCCAGGGAUGUAUCAAGAGGCACAAGAGAGACACCCAAUUAUCUCAUGAAGAAGUGUAUGUUGUAGCAGGACCAGUGGAACUUGUGCAAUAG